AAACAGACAAUAGUUAUAAUUUACGUUGAAAAACUGGACAUACAUAUUAGUAAUAACUGCAGCCGAAUUAAAAACAUUUGUGUAUAAACUCAAUGAUACUAGAAACAAUAAGCAUGUCAGCGGUCAAAAGCUUUCCAGACUUCUUAUUAUAUUCUCACUUCCUUGAACACUCUCUCCAUCUCUCUCAUCCACUCUCUCAUCUCAUCGCCGUUCAGACAGAACCAAAAAAAAAAACAUGCAUCUUCUCUUUCUCUUCCUGACUCUCCCCACCGUUCUCUCCCUAAACCAAGAAGGCUUCAUCCUCCAACAAGUCAAACACUCUCUCGACGACCCACUCUCCUCCCUCGCCUCCUGGAACCCCCAAGACGACUCGCCUUGCCGGUGGUCCGGCGUCUACUGCGGCGGAGAUUUCACAUCCGUCACUUCCAUCGACCUCUCCGGCGCCAGACUCUCCGGACCUUUCCCCUCCGUCAUCUGCCGCCUCUCCAAACUCUCGGACCUCUCCUUGUACGACAACGACAUCAACUCCACGCUCCCCCUCGACAUCGGAGCCUGCAAGAGUCUCCAGACCCUAGACCUCUCCCAGAACCUCCUCACCGGCGAGCUCCCCUACACGCUCUCAAAUCUCCCCUUCCUCACCUCCCUCGACUUGACCGGAAACAACUUCUCCGGCGACAUUCCGGCGAGUUUCGCCCGGUUCGAGAACCUCGAGGUCCUCUCCCUCGUCAACAAUCUCCUCGACGGAACAAUCCCUCCGUUCCUCGGAAACAUCACGACGCUCAAGACGCUGAACUUAUCCUACAACCCGUUUACUCCGGGUCGGAUCCCGCCGGAGCUCGGGAACUUAACGAACCUCGAGAUCCUCUGGCUCACGGAAUGUAACUUACUCGGGGAGAUACCCGACUCGCUGGGUCGACUCACUGCACUCGUUGACUUAGACCUCGCCCUCAACGACCUCGCGGGCCCCAUCCCGAGUUCGUUAGCCGGGCUGGCGAGCGUCGUGCAGAUCGAGCUCUACAACAACUCCCUCGCGGGAGAGAUCCCGCGUGAGCUAGGGGAGCUGAAGUCUUUGAGGCUUUUCGACGCGUCGAUGAACCGGUUAACCGGGUCUAUACCGGACGAGCUCUGCCGCGUGGCGCUUGAGAGUUUGAACCUCUACGAGAACGACCUCGAAGGCGAGCUUCCGGCGAGCAUCGCCUCGUCUCCCAACUUGUACGAGCUCAUGGUCUUCGGAAACCGCCUCUCCGGCGAGUUGCCGAGAGAACUCGGCCGUAACUCGCCGUUGAAACGGCUCGAUUUGUCGGAUAACGGAUUCUCCGGCGAGUUGCCGCCGGAGCUCUGCGGGAAAGGGGAGCUUGAGGAGCUUCUGGUUAUCCGCAACUCCCUCUCGGGUCCUUUACCUGAGGGGCUUGGAGAUUGUCGUAGCUUGACGCGUGUCCGGUUACCGUAUAACCGGUUUUCCGGUCAGGUUCCCGCCGGUCUCUGGGGGUUGCCUCACGUUAACUUGCUUGAGCUCACGAACAACUCCUUCUCCGGUGAAGUUUCGAAGAGUAUCGGAGGCGCGUCGAAUCUCUCGCUGUUGAUACUUACCAACAACGAGUUCACCGGAUCUCUGCCCGAGGAGAUUGGGUCUUUGGACAACCUUAAUCAGUUGUCGGCGAGUGGAAACAAGUUCAGUGGCUCGCUGCCUGAUAGCUUGAUGAAUCUAGGUGAGUUGGGUACUCUUGAUCUUCACGGUAACCGGUUUACUGGGGAGUUGUCUCCUAAAAUCAAGUCGUGGAAGAAGCUAAACGAGUUGAACUUAGCCGGUAACCGGUUCUCCGGUCAAAUCCCGGUCGAAAUCGGGAAUUUGUCAGUCUUGAACUAUCUUGAUCUUUCCGGUAACCUUUUCUCCGGAAACAUCCCGGUUUCAUUGCAGAGUUUGAAGCUAAACCAGCUGAAUCUGUCGUAUAACCGGUUAACCGGUGACCUACCGCCUUCUUUAGCCAAGGAGAUGUACAAGAAGAGCUUCCUCGGGAACCCGGGACUGUGCGGGGACAUAAAGGGACUAUGUGGCUCUGAGGAUGAAGCUAAGAACAGAGGCUACGUAUGGCUUCUCAGAUCGAUUUUCGUACUUGCGGUUAUGGUGUUUGUUGGGGGACUUGCUUGGUUCUACUUCAAGUACAAGACUUUCAAGAAAGCAAGAGCUGUGGAGAGAUCAAAGUGGACGCUUAUGUCGUUCCACAAACUCGGAUUCAGCGAGCACGAGAUUCUCGAAAGCUUGGAUGAAGACAAUGUGAUUGGAGCUGGAGCUUCGGGUAAAGUCUACAAGGUUGUACUCACAAACGGAGAAACCGUUGCGGUUAAACGUUUAUGGACAGGAGGAUCAGUUAAUAAAGAAACAGGAGACACUGAUCUAGAGAAAGGCGAGAGACGACGUGGAGUCAAAGACGAGGCCUUUGAGGCUGAAGUCGAGACAUUGGGUAAGAUCAGGCAUAAGAACAUUGUGAAGCUAUGGUGUUGCUGCACCACGAGAGAUUGCAAGCUAUUGGUUUAUGAGUACAUGCCUAACGGUAGCUUGGGAGAUUUGAUUCACAGCAGCAAAGGAGGAACGUUGGGAUGGCCAACGAGGUUUAAGAUCAUCUUAGACGCGGCCGAGGGGCUUUCGUAUCUUCACCAUGAUUGUGUGCCUCCAAUUGUGCAUAGAGAUGUUAAGUCCAACAACAUUUUGAUCGAUGGAGACUAUGGUGCAAGAGUUGCUGAUUUUGGAGUGGCUAAAGUCGUUGACUUGACCGGAAAAGCUCCCAAGUCCAUGUCAGGGAUCGCUGGCUCAUGCGGUUAUAUUGCACCAGAAUACGCAUACACGCUCCGUGUGAAUGAGAAGAGUGACAUCUACAGUUUCGGGGUAGUGAUACUUGAGAUAGUGACUAGGAAACGCCCGGUUGCUCCGGAACUGGGGGAGAAAGAUUUGGUGAAAUGGGUCUGCUCGACAUUGGACCAGAAAGGCGUGGAGCAUGUGAUAGACCCGAAACUUGACUCUUGUUUCAAAGAAGAGAUAAGCAAAAUCCUCAACAUUGGGCUUCUCUGCACGAGUCCUUUGCCCAUAAACCGACCUUCCAUGAGACGUGUGGUUAAGAUGUUGCAAGAAAUUGGCGGUGGAGACGACGUGAGCCAUAACAAGACUAAGGAUGGAAAGUUAACACCUUACUACAAUGAAGAUGCCUCAGACCAGGGAAGUGUAGCUUGAGACACAACCAAGUUUACUUUUUGUUUUUUCCCCAAAACCACUCAAAUUUUUGGUGCUUGAAGCUGUGAAUGAGGGCAUUUAAUCAAGAUUCUCCUCCCAUUUUUAUUUGUAAGGGUUUUGGUGUAGAAGAGGGUAUCAGUGAAUGUUACGUUUUAUCAUAUAGAUAUAUAAAAUGUUCCUAAAUCAGGAAUUUGUGUUUCA